AAGAAACACGACUAACGGACGAUCAUCGGCUCCACUACGCACCUCGUACACGACAGCACGCACGUACAGCACCAGCGACCGUACAGUCGAUUGAUCAUCGUACCGCAGAACCAUGGACAUGCAUUUCGGCACGCUUUUGGACUUGGACAGAGGUCAACAUGACGACAUUAAACCCACCACCGCCACCGCCGCCACCAGCACCUCCACGACGAUCGGCGGCGUUCCGACGACCGUGAUCGUGUCCAGCGGCAGCAGCAGCCACAGUACGCUGUCAGACCUGCCAUCCGCUGUCACGGGCUACCAGCAUCAGCAGCAGUCAUCGUCGCCGACCGACGCGACCGACGCCAACGUGAUGAUGACCCACGCCACGUCGGGCGCUCAACUGUCCGCGGCCACCGUCAACGGGUACGAUCACAUGAUGAACGGCUACGGUUACUGCAACACGUUCGACCCGUACUACGCGCAACACGGAUUCGGCGGGUCUCUGCCGUCGUACACCGAUAUUCGGAAUCCGACGGCGUCGUUGCCUCUGCAGCACCAGCACCAUCAUCAGCAGCAGCAGCAGCAGCAGCACCACCACCACCACCACCACCACCAGAACGACGCGGCGGAGCAAGCCGCGGUCGCGGUGGCCGGCGGGGUGCGCAAACGGGAGAAACAAAAACGGCAGCGGACCGCUUAUUCGAGCGAACAGUUGAUGCACUUGGAGGAGUCGUUCAUGGCCAACCAGUACUUAAACAGAGCCAGGCGUAUAGAUCUGGCCCGCACGUUGAAGCUGACGGAAAGGCAGAUCAAAAUAUGGUUCCAGAACAGACGCAUGAAGGAGAAAAAGUCUAAGAGGGAAUCAGGCCAAGUGGAGUCGACCAGCGGUGGAGUAAUCGGUUCUACGUGCAUGCCGUCGUCCGGCGGCACCGCGGCGGUGGUGAUGCAGACGGUAGCCCCCUCGGUCGCAGUGCCGGUGACGACCAUGACCGUCGACUACGGUAGCGGAGACAGCGGUGGCCGCCACCAUUACGCGGACAGCUCACCGCAGCCCCCGCCGCCACCACCGGUGUCCAAGAUGAUGUUGUACAGCCCGACCAGCUCGUAUUCCACACCGUCGCCACCCGUUGUCCAACAUCAGCUGGUCGAGCACCUGCGCCAGGGUCCGUCCACCACGUUGCACCAUUACUCGUCGUACGACGGCACCGACGUCUACAACGGCGCGUGUCAGCCGCCGUCGUACGAUCAGGCCGUCAACGGUCACCACCAACACCAUCAGCAACAGUUGCCGCCGCCGCCACAACAUCACUUGCAGUGGUAUAAUCCGGCCGUGGCCUCUGUCAUAUCGUCGCACCACCAUCAUCACUUGGAGCAGGCGCCCACCGCGGCCGACGUACUCCAGUAGAAUGACACACUCCCUACUUCCGGUGUUCUCGCGAUUUCUGUCCGAGAGACCCGCGGCCUCCGAAGAUCUACACCGGAAGCAGCUCUUUGUAAAUGAAGGGAUAUCGACAAACUCUCACCGCUUGAAUUUUUUUUUUUUUUUUUUUGUGAAGACUUUCUAAAGGAUUUUUCUCGAUGUUCAUUUGAGCAUUUAAAUGUACACACUUACGUUACGCGAUUAUAUUAUCAUUAUUAUAAUAAUCACGGUCUUUAUUAUUUUUACUAGCAUUAUUAUUAUUUUUUUUUUUUUUUUAUGCAUAUAUAUACUUGUACUUUUUAUUCAUACUCGUAUUACUCUGACGUACUAUUACUCUGUGUGCUCGCGCUUUAUUACCACCAUGUACUACUCUAAAACUAUAUAUACCCCAUAUAUUCCUCAUAUAAGUAUAUUAUAACACACACAGUCUUCGAAUAAGAAUAAAAAGAAUUUAAAAAAAAAAAUUAAUAAUAAUUCUAAUAAUACUACUAACUAUAUAUAUU